AUGGAAGAUGAUGUGAUGGUUGAUAUGAAAACUAUGAUUCGAGAUAGUGGAGAUGGUCAUGUGUCACCAGACUGUUGUAUUUCUAGAGUGAUUUAUCCAAUACGUGAUAUAAAACCAGAUGCUUACACCCCAAAAAUUGUUUCAAUUGGUCCCUUUCAUUAUGGUGAUGAGAGGCUGCAAGAUAUGGAAAGGCACAAACAAGUUUUUUUCAAAAGAUUUACACAAAGAAGCCACACAAACUUGGAUGUUAUGAUUAAUUUUGUCAAAAGUUCAGUUCCGAAAGUGCGUGCUUCUUAUUCUGGGAACAUCAACCUUAGUGACAAGGAACUAGUGAAAUUAAUAUUAUUGGAUGCUGCUUUCAUCAUUGAAUAUAUCUUCACUGUGCUUGCUGGGCAGAAGAAAGUACUGAAAGAUGCUAAACUGUCACAGCCAUCAUUGAUGGGAAUUCUGUUUCUGGAUUUAGUUUUAUUUGAGAAUCAACUACCAUUCUUUGUUUUGGAAGAGCUAUUCAAUAUAGCGUUUCCCCUUAACCUUCGUGAUGGUAGAAUCACUUUUCCUAAGCUUGCUUGCCAGUUAUUGAGCAGCACAUUUGGAUUUGAAGGGCCAGAGCAUGAUCUUAAUAAUAAUGUGAGAGCAAAGCAUUUCACAGAUUUGCUCAGGUUUUUGUUCUUCCAAGGAGCACUACCAAGAGUGGAACCAUUCUUUCGCACUACUGACAUUCUUUCAUACAGUGCAAAGGAGUUGCAAGAAUUUGGAGUGAAGUUCAAGGCUAGCAAAAGUAAGAGCUUAUUAGACAUCAAGUUUUCAGGCCAUGUUCUUGAGCUUCCACGGAUUUACAUGGAGGAUCUCGUCACUGAAGCUUUGUUUCUUAAUAUGACCGCUUUUGAGCAGAUCCAUUGUCCUCUUACCCCUUACAUUGCCAGCUGUGUUACUUUGUGGAGUUGCUUAAUCAGUACAAGGGAAGAUGUGGAUAUCCUCGUUCGCAAUAACAUAAUCCGCAACUUCAUGGCUGAUACUGAGGCUGUUGCAGCAUUUAGUAUCAUGGCAAAGAAUUGCUAUCAAGCUUGCUUCAUUGUUUCUGAACACGUUGAUAUCUUCAGAAGGUUGAAUAAGUUCUGCGGAAAUGGUUUGCGGCGGACGAGACGUGAUUAUUGUAGGACGGCUUUGCACACUGUGGCCUCUUUUUCUGGAAUCACUCUCAUUCUCACCAUUCUUCAGACCAUAUUUUCUAUACUCCAAGCAAUAAAAGAGAAGGACACGUAG